AUGUUUGCUAAUUUCUCAAAUCUCCAAGACAUUGAUCUGUCAAACAAUAUGUUUGAGGUGAAUACUGAAACUCCACGCUGGUAUCCUUCAUUCCAGCUUGUAUCUCUCAAUUUGAGAAAUUGUGGUGUAAACAAUUACCAUGGUCGGGUGGUUCCAAGCUUCAUUUCUAGUCAAAAAAAUUUUAAAGUCGUUUCUUUGGCCUAUAAUGCCCUGCAAGGAGCACUUCCCUCCUGGCUAAUAUAUAAUACAACACUUGAUCUACUGUCUUUGAGAGGGAACUCUUUUAGUGGAGGUUUCCCCUUGUCUUCCAGGUUAGCAACCUCAAUGCUCAUAAUGCUAGAUAUAUCUGAUAAUCGACUUUAUGGGCAGCUUCCUGCUACCAUUCACCAACUGUUCCCAGACUUGAAUUACUUAAACACAUCUUUUAAUCUUUUCAAAGGAGACAUCCCUUCUUCCUAUGGAAAUCUAACAAAAUUGGAGGUGUUAGAUCUAUCUAACAAUUUCUUUCAAGGCAUAAUCCCUGCGUCUUUAAGGCAGAAUCACACUUCACUAGCACAGCUAGUUCUAUCAGGCAACCAUUUUCACGGGCGGACCAUGCCUUUAUUUUCAAAUAUGUCAAAUCUUGCUUACUUGCAUCUCCAAAAUCUUGGCUUCAGUGGGUCCAUCACUCAUAGUUUAAUGAAUCUUCCCAUUCUAAAGGUUCUAGAUAUAAGUCGGAAUAAUCUAUCUGGCAAUAUCCCUAACUGGUUUCACACAUUUCCAAACCUUGCCAUAAUUCUAUUUUCCAGGAAUAAGUUUCAUGGAAUCAUCCCCAUAUCAUUAUGUCAGAUGCAAACAUUGCAUGUCUUGGAUUUUGCUUCAAAUUCUUUAUCUGGGGUUAUUCCUUCAUGUCUCAGUAACAUAACAUCAUGGAAGAAAGAAUCCGAACUUCUACUUCCUUCUUUUAUGUGGUUAUCACCUACAUAUGCCAAUUACAGAGUCAAAGUUCCCUUGACAGCAAAGGGCAACAGACUACUUUAUGAAGGCACUCCUCUUUCUUUAAUGACUGGCAUUGACCUAUCCAUGAAUAAGUUAACAGGUGAGAUUCCCACACAAUUAGGAGAACUUGCUGCACUUCAUUCACUGAACCUUUCUUUCAACAUUCUAGCAGGCCACAUUCCCAAGUCCUUUAGUACCAUGGAAGAAAUAGAAAGUCUUGAUCUUUCUCACAAUAAUCUAGUCGGAACCAUUCCACAUGACAUAGUCCAACUCCAUUUCAUUUCAACCUUUAAUGUCUCCUUUAAUAACCUCACUGGAAGCAUCCCUUUUGAGAACAACUUCCAAACUUUCGACGAGUCAAGCUUCAUAGGCAAUGGGGAACUUUGUGGCCCACCACUUCACACAAAUUGUACUUCCAACAAGAACAGCAACAAGCCUCCUGAAGAACAACAACAUGAAGAGGAGGGUGACAGAACAGGGCUUGCGGAGAGUGACUUCUUUUUCUACUCAUGUAUUGCUGUUUCCUAUGUUCUGGGAUUUUGGUGUGUGAUUCUUCCUCUGAUGCUAAGUGAAAACUGGCGCAGGAAGCAUUAUGCUGUAGUGGAUAUUUGCAUUAACAUAUGCUGCAACAAGUUGUCUAGUUUUUUUCCUAAGUCGGGAUAA